CGGCGGCGCGGCGGCCAAUCAGCGCGCGGCGGGCGGCGGCGCGGGGAAGAUGGCGGCGGCGGCGGGCGGGUGGACGGCCGAGGGCCCCGAGGAGUUCGAGGACGCGCCCGACGUGGAGCCGCUGGAGCCGACGCUGGCCAACAUCAUCGAGCAGCGCAGCCUCAAGUGGAUCUUCGUGGGCGGCAAGGGCGGCGUGGGCAAAACCACCUGCAGGUGCGGCCCCGGGAGCGGCACCGGGGAGAUCGACCCCAGCCUGGGCGUGGCCGAGCUGCCGGACGAGUUCUUCGAGGAGGACAACGUGCUCAGCAUGGGCAAGAAGAUGAUGCAGGAGGCCAUGAGCGCCUUCCCCGGCAUCGACGAGGCCAUGAGCUACGCCGAGGUCAUGAGUCCCCCUCCCCAGGAGAUCGACCCCAGCCUGGGCGUGGCCGAGCUGCCGGACGAGUUCUUCGAGGAGGACAACGUGCUCAGCAUGGGCAAGAAGAUGAUGCAGGAGGCCAUGAGCGCCUUCCCCGGCAUCGACGAGGCCAUGAGCUACGCCGAGGUCAUGAGGCUGGUGAAGGGCAUGAAUUUCUCGGUGGUCGUGUUCGACACGGCGCCCACGGGGCACACGCUGCGCCUGCUCAACUUCCCCACCAUCGUGGAGCGCGGGCUGGGGCGCCUCAUGCAGAUCAAGAACCAGAUCAGCCCCUUCAUCUCCCAGGUGCGCCUGGUGUCCCCCCAGGAGCAGACGACGUUCAUCUGCGUGUGCAUCGCCGAGUUCCUGUCGCUGUACGAGACGGAGCGGCUGAUCCAGGAGCUGGCCAAGUGCCGCAUCGACACGCACAACAUCGUGGUCAACCAGCUCGUGUUCCCCGACCCCGGCCGGCCCUGCCGCAUGUGCGAGGCGCGCCACAAGAUCCAGGCCAAGUACCUGGACCAGAUGGAGGAUCUCUACGAGGAUUUCCACAUCGUGAAGCUGCCGCUGCUGCCCCACGAGGUGCGGGGGGGGGACAAAGUCAACACCUUCAGCUCCCUCCUGCUGGACCCCUACCAGCCCCCCAGCCCCAAAUAACCCCCCCGGGACCCCAAAAACCCC